AUGUCCUUUGUGGACAUGUGGGAAGCCGCCUCCGGAAGGUUCCAGGAGCAGACUGGCCGAAAGCUGGAGCGAAACCCAGGCAUAAGCCUGGAUGAUUGUUUUCGAAGAAUAGAGGCCGCUAGACCUUCUAACAGUACCGAGAAAGCGCCGUUCACGUCUGAAAAGCGUCAUAAGCUGACAAGAUACACACUGAACACGUUACGGUGCUUGAAGCUCCUUGGAGGCGUUGUUGCUGAAGGCGCCGAAAUGGUUCUUGCACCGUCCAAGAUAUGCUUCAGUGCUUUUGCAAUGCUGCUCGACAUCCCCGAGAAAGUUGAGAAUUUCUGGGAUAGGGUAGAUAGCCUUCUCGACGCAUUGUGGCCAAGUCUGUCGGAUUUCGAGAUCUAUGGCGACAUGAGCCAGUUCGAUCAGAUCGACUACAGACUGAAGCGUGCUAUACACAUGCUCAUGAUUUGCUUUGUUGAUAUUUGUGCCUUGUCGGUAUCGCUCCGGUCCAUGCGGACAUGGCAAAAGUUCAAAGUCACCGCAAAGCAACUUGCUUUUGAGGAAUCAGACCUCGAUAACGCAAUCACAAGAUUUCAGGAGCUUUCCAAGUAUCACGACUCAACAAAGGCCACGUUAGCUUUGAAGACUGUACUAGAAAGUAGGAGUGACAUCACCAAGCUCUUGGAUGAGGCUUCGGAAACAGGGGGGAAUGUCAGCAAGAUACUUCAGAUGAUGCAAAGGAGAGACGAGGCGCGAAAUGCGACAGAGAGACGGGGGAAUGAGCUGAAAACCAUCAAAAAGAAGUUGAACCUCGAAGAGCAGGUAAAAAAGUCCGAAGACAUCGGCAAAGCAUUGUCGACGCAACGUACUCCUCGCACUGCGGAAUGGUACGAAAACCACAACGAUUAUCCGGAAUAUGGCAAGUGGGCAGAUAUCAAGAACCCGGAUGCCAAUCAAAUAUUGCUGGUCAUCGGUGAGCAGAACACAGGGAAGUCUACUCUCUUGGCAUCCAUCGCGCGCAGCCUCCGAGGAGUAGACACUUCGAACUCUUCUUCGCGGAGUUGUGUUUCUGCCUAUUUCUUCCAGAACUCUUCAGGCAAAGAUGGUGAGGAGAAACGCCCAAUUGAGACAGCAAUCAAGUGUAUUGCGUACAUGAUAGCAGAGCAGGACGAGCAAUAUGCCAAGGAACUGUCCAAAUCUUUGGACAAAUCCGAUGCUGAGAAAAGGCUCAACAAUGCCACAGCCAGAGAACUUUGGUACCUCCUAGACAUUGCAUCACCGCGGAAGAAGUAUACUCAUUUCAUCAUUAUCGAUGGAAUAGAAGGCCUAUCCAAGCCUUUCCAAAAGUCAAGAGAGGAUUUCUUCGAGAUUUUGGCAUCUUCGUCGUCGGAAACUCGCACAAGACAGAGCCAAAUUGGGCCCCGAAUCGCAGUUUCAGCAAGAUCGGAGCCAACAGCCAUUUCUCUCAGAGACCUGGCUUUGACAAAGUUCGACAUUCAGGACCACACCGUCGCGGACAUGCAGAGAUUCAUCGAGUCAGAACUCAAGGACAACGAAAUAUUCCAAGAGUUGGACGAAGACUCUGUCAAAAUGAGAGGAAUGAUUCAGGAGAAACUGGUCAGCAAAGUAAAGGGAAAUUUUACGAGAGCGAGAACGUCAAUCGACCGUAUCCGGAGGGUUGUAGAGGCAGACGACCCAGACGAAGAAGCAGAAAUAAAUCGGAUACUCAAUGACUCGAAGAAAAAUGAGGAAAACUUUUCGGGAACCGUCAUUCGACAGUUGCAGGAGCAGCUAAACGCUGCCGAAGUUCGAGAGUUGAACGAGCUGUUGAUGUGGGUCAUCUACGGGUACUCAUACUUUGAUUUUCAAGCCCUAGAGGCGGCAUUGUUCUUGGGUGGCAAGAAAAAAUCGAUGCUGCGACUGAGCAAAAAGCUCAAAGGGAAGUAUGCCCCUCUCAUCAAGCUAGAUGAAGAUGGGUUCGCCAAGAUGGAUGAAGACAUGAUCAAGGCAGUCUUGAAACCAAGAGCGGCCCCGGGGCACAAAGAUGAGCCUCAAAUGCUCAGUGCAACUAUCACUAUAAGCAAGGGUGAAUUGCAUAGGGUACAAACUUUUCUGUGGACUCUGUCACAAAAGAUCAACCAGGAAAGCCUAAUUUUCCAACAGCUUGGAGAACGAACUGACAUGAAGGGCGCCAUCAAAGCCAACUUCCUCGAUAGCCACAUGGCGAUCGUACGAUGUACUUUUAAUCUCUUGGCAAAUGAGCCCAGUGAACGAACCAAGGCAAUCGCUUCAUACCUGCUGCGUUGCCUUCCAAGGCAUCUGGAGGCACUCGAACAGUGCAAUGGAACUGAUGUGUUGACCAAUGAUGAGAAAUCUGAGAUAGGUUCAGGCCUUUAUCAUAUGCUUUUCUCUAAUGUUAUUGAGAAGCAUUGGAGAAGCUGCGAAUAUGCUGAUUGGUACGGCGAGGCCAAGGAUGUCAUGGUUUUUAGACGCUGGCUUGGCGACGGUGCGGCCACUGCUAAGCUCGGUCCUCGAGAUCAUGAAUGGCUCGAAGAGGUUGAGAAUGAUAGCAACCCGAAUCAGGCUUUGCUGGCACGAAUCAUGAAGACAAUCGCUCGGAGGUGGCUGCGAAAUGAAGAAUGGGAGGCUUCGAGGCCUUUCGAAUGGAUCAAAGGCUACCUUGCCAUGGUCAGCUUUCCAGUCUCUCCACCCCAUGCCUAUGAUAUGGACGAGAUUACUAACCCAAUCCAGCCCCCGAUGCCCUCAGACCAGCAGGAUGUCUCAGAAGAGGUUCCUGCCGAUGAAGUUUCGCCGAUCGAAAAUGUCGAAGAGUGGUGUACAAAAGUUCUCAAAGACAACAUUAAAGAUGCCCUCUGGCAUCAACGACUGGGAGAAACACUGAGGUCGCUCGACCGCAACGACGAUGGAGUGAAAGCUUUCAACAAAGCUCUUGAGCUUGGUGGGUCGGAGAAGUCAUGCCUCGAGGGACUAGCGCAUUGCUUUGCCAAUAUGAAGCCAGAAAAGCUGAACGAAUCAUGCCGACAGUUGGAAAAGGCAUUAGUUAUUAUGGAGAGUGAGGACAACCCAGACCAGGCCAAAACAAUAUCGACCUAUCUCAAGCUUGCAGAGUGGUACAGUAGCCUCAAAGACCACGAGAAGGUUGAGGAGUACACCACCAAGGCCUCAGAACGAGCACCUGAGAGUCCCGAUUCACAGUUGGACGCUCUGAAGCUCUGCUUGGAAUGCCAGAACUCCGAGCAGGUCACACGACUAUUGCGCCGUUUGCUUGACAUGAGCAAGGAUCAAGGAUCAUCAUCGAUGAUCCAUCGAGUCCUUGCUCGAAUGUCCGCAGCAGAUUACAACAUAUCGCUCGAGCAAGCCUUCCUUCGAUGUUUCAGGUUGUUAGAACGAAAUACGGACGUCCUGCAUCGUUUCCUAGAUGCCAUGAAAGAGGGCUUGGAAAAUGCGGAGACACAAAUUCACGAGGUGGUGCUUCUGAUUUACAGAGGUAUUUGGCUGUACUAUUUCAGUCACCAAAAAGAGGAGGCUCGACUCGCAUGGGUUCGAUGCUUGGAAAAGAGCAUAGAGUCAGACAGUAUUUCGGAACGGAACCUAGCUGCCACACUGCUGAGCGCUGAUCGUUUUGAGGUCUUGGCGGAUACUCCGGAGGAGGAACAUCACCGUCUUGUCGAACGCAUGAGAUGGUUCGCCGAUAUACAGGGCUCCGUUGGCUUUACGUCUUCAAGCUCACACCUUGCUUCCUACUACAUGCUCCAGAAAGACCAUCUCGCUGCUCGAAGUGUCCUCCAGACCAGAAUAGAUUCAGCCUUCGAACAAUUAUCGGACGAAUAUGAGUUCAACGACAGUAGUGCUUAUUACGACUUGGGUUGCACCUUGGCCCAGCUUGGUGACAACGCCAAUGCUCUGGCCGCGUUCUCGCUUCGACUUCCCUGGACUUCAGGGUUCGAUUUCGUGGAAUAUCUUCUUGACUUUGAGGACGACGAAUCGAAGGCUGUGAUAGCAGAGCUGUUGGCUAAACUGCAAGGACAUCGGCAGCCUUCCGCCUACUUGCAAAUCAUGAUGGCUCUAAGGACACUGGAAGAGAUCCAGCCCAAAGCUGAAGAAGGCGUAGACGAAAGCACCAAUAGCCAUUACAGUAGGAUAAGAGAGACACUGCUGAAGUGGACUGAUGUUGUCUAUCUAUCAGGUGGAACUUGGUGUGACAACUGUUCGAAAGCAUUGGGUUCCGACAUGGACUUUUACCAUUGUCUCUACUGCCACGACAUUGAUUUCUGUAACGACUGCUGGAACUCAUUGCACGAAGGCGGAAUCAUGAGUGGCACCUUGCGAAGCCUCAUGUGCAAGAAAACUCACACUUGGUUACGCUUGGCCAAAUGGAACAAGAUAACCUUCCUCAGAUCUUUCGGCGGUCGCGUUAUCAAAGGUGGUAGCAUCAAUGCUGAUGGCUUGCGCUCAGGUGGAGAAGAAGUUUCCUCCAAGGAGUGGCUUGAUGGUCUCAAGAAAGAUUGGGGAUUCGUGGAUAACCGUCAGAAAGAGGUGCCCCUUAAUGGAGAGGCGGUAGCAAAUGGAGGACCGGCUAUCAGUGAGGUGAAUCAGUAA